AUGAGUAAUGGGAGUAAUAGUGAUGAUGUAAACAACGAGGAUAUUCAGAUCAUCUUCAAAAAUUACGCUACAUUGUAUUUCACUUUUAUUGUGGACGACCAAGAAUCAGAGUUAGCCAUAUUAGACUUGAUUCAAACUUUCGUUGAAUCAUUGGACCGUUGUUUUACUGAAGUCAACGAACUCGAUUUGAUUUUCAAUUGGCAAACUUUACAGAGUAUAUUGGAAGAGAUCGUACAGGGAGGAAUGGUGAUUGAAACCAACGUAAACAAGAUCGUCGCUUCCGUUGAUGAAUUGAACAAAGCUUCUGAGUCCACAGAUAGUAAAAUAGGAAGACUAUCAUCGACUGGAUUCGGGAGCGCACUGCAAGCGUUUGCUCAAGGUGGAUUUGCUCAAUGGGCCACUGGACAGUAA